AUGAAACAUAUGAAAGAAGUGUGAAAAAUGUGGAAGAUGGUAAUAUGACUGGACAAUUUGACUCUGUUAGAGAAUUUGCUGGUAAAAAAAAGAAUGAAUUGAGUGAAAUUGAAUUUGUACUACCAUUGAACUUGUCACUUGGUCCUGCUUUCAAUAAAAUCAUAGAACAGUCCAGAGAAAAAGGUGAAGAACAUAAAAAGGGCCCCAAAACAUAUACAUCAUGGAAGGUCUUGAGUCAGAAAUCUUGGCCUACUGAAAAAAAAAAG